AUGAUGGAAUCGUGUUUAAAUCAUAAGCCUGAGAGAGUAACGGUUGAGGACAUCAAGAAAGAUCUUUCCUCCGACUUCUCCAAAUUAUCAAAGGACUCAGUAUUGCUGGGAAAAGAGCAUCUGCAUGUCUAUCUCCGAGUUCGUCCAUUUACGACUUCAGAGAGAGCAGAAGGAGCAUCACAGGAGUGCAUCUCAAUUGAGCCUCCAGAAACUGUGAUUCUAAAGGCACAUAGACCAUCUCUGACAGCCAGACACAGUGAGAGAUUCGGCCCACAACAGGCACAACGAUUUCAGUUCUCACAGGUGUAUGGUCCAGAUACAACUCAAAGAGAGAUAUUUGAUGGAACAACCAAAAGCCUUGUGAAGGAAGUCUUGGAUGGAGGAAAUUCUUUGAUCUUUACGUAUGGAGUUACUAAUGCUGGGAAGACAUUUACUUUUCUUGGCCCUGAUUCAGAUUGUGGAAUUCUGCCCAGGUCAUUAAAUGUGAUCUUUAAGAGCAUAGAAGGCAGAAUUUAUUCUCAAAAUAGCAUUAAGCCUCACAGAUGUGUCGACUUUAUGAAACUCACUGAAGAGCAGCAAGAUGAUGAAGCUACAGAUAAGAGAAACCUUUUUCGACGAUUUAAAGAUAUUGACCCCCGGAAAACUCUGUCUAGCAUGUCCAGCUCCAGCUGUUCAUUAUUUGAAAGCUCCACCUUUAGUGACACAAAUAGGGACAGUGUCUGUUUGGAUGACACCUCUAAUGUUAAAUUCUCUGUGUGGGUCUCCUUUUGUGAAAUCUACAAUGAAAACAUCCAUGAUCUCCUUGAUGUUGCUCCAAAUGUCUCCCACAGAAGGACUGUUUUGCGGCUAGCCCAAGAUGUUAAAGGCAAUGCUUUUGUCAAAGAUCAAAAAUGGGUUCAAGUUAACAGUGCAGAGGAAGCAUUAAAAGUUGUGAAAAUCGGAAUGAAAAAUCAAAGUUCUUCAUCCACCAAGCUCAACAAUGUCUCUAGCAGAAGCCACAGUAUAUUUUCCAUUCGGAUCUUGCGGAUUGAAGAUGUGGGUGUUCCUCAUGUUCAGACAAUUAGCGAGUUGUCAUUAUGUGAUUUGGCUGGAUCUGAGCGAUGUGCAAGGACUCAGAACCAAGGAGACCGCUUAAAAGAAGCUGGAAACAUCAACACAUCCUUGUUAACGCUAGGGAAAUGCAUCAAUGCUCUGAGGCUCAACCAAACACAACCCAAGAUUCAUCAGCACAUCCCCUUCAGAGAGAGCAAGCUCACACAUUAUUUGCAGGGUUUUUUCUGUGGCCGUGGAAAGGCCUGCAUGAUCAUUAACAUAAACCAGUGUGCCUCAGUGUAUGAUGAAACCCUGAAUGUCCUCAAGUUCUCAGCAUUGGCUCAGAAGGUGGUGGUCCUCAACCCUAAACCAGCUCCUAGCAUUGCUGUCAAGAGGUCUGACAGAAAUGUGUCCAUGAUAAUCAAUAAUGCUGACAAGAAGGAUUGGACCAGGAGAAGCUCACUCAUGGGCUGGGAGAUGAACCAAGAGGACAUGCAGGAGGACAAAGAUGAUGAAGAAAUGGGUGAGGAGGACGAUGAGGAGUGUGACGAUAAGAGCAUGGAGGACAACAUUGUCUUAGAGACUGUGGAAAGUCGAGAGCUGUUUGAGCUUCAGGUGAAAAUUGAAGAGUUUAAAGAGAAGCUGUCCAAAGAUGAGUCUGAAAAAUUAACUAUGGAAUCUCGUAUUCAUGAGGAAGUCAGGAAGUUCAUGGAGCUGUUUUCUAACAUGGAAAAAGACUACAAUGACCGUCUCCAAAGAGCGAAAGAAAUUGUUGAGGAAAGAAGGCUAGAGAUACUGAAGAAUCUGGUCAACAGAACUAUUGGUGAAAUGGCCGCUGUUAGCACUGACGAGAAUGCUGCAAAGGAGGCUAAAAUUGAGCAUUUGGACAGCAUGAUCGAGGCAAUGCGGGAUGAUCUAGCUAAGAUAAAGGGAGAUGCAGAGGCAGUACAGAUUUGCCUGACAAAUGUCCCUGAAUCACCCAGAACAAUCAGUGAUUUGAGGACACAGCUGGAGGAGAUGAGAGAGGAGCUUCUCAAAAGCCAACAACUUCUCAGUCUUAAAACUAUAGAGUUUGAAGCAAUGUGUGUUCAAAUGCAGGAAUCAGAUUACCAGCUUCUCCAAGCAAAUAGAAAUUAUGAAAACAAGAAACUUAGAUGUCAGGAACUUAUGUCAGUCUGUCAGGAGAAAAAUGGCAUGAUCUCUACAUUACAGACUGCUUUGGACCAAAAUGUGGAGGCAGCUACUAAAGAUCAGGCCUUAAUUAAUAAUAUCAAAGAAGAAAUCCUAAAUUUCAGAAACAACUGUAAGUGUAUGCUGAAUGAAGAUGGUGAACCUAGAGGGGAGGAAAUGACAAGUCAAAAAACUCAACAGCUUCUGCAAGAACUGAAAAUGAAAGAUGAGCAGCUGAAUGAACUUAAACUUGAGCGCUGUUCACUUGAGAAAAAAGUGUGUGAUCUGUCUGAUAGAUUGGCAGAGCAGACUCGUGCAUAUGAAGCUACUGUGGCGAUGGAGAGAGCAGAGGUCAACAAAGUCACAAAUGAGAACAAGGCUCUUGCCAAUGAGCUACAUGUACUGCAGCAAACGGCCAGUGAGAUGCGCUCAAAGCUCAAAACUCUCCAGAUGGAAUUGAGCACUCAGACAAAGAUUGCCAAUGAGCUUUCAGAAGAACUCGAUGCAGCCAAAGCUUUGAUUAAGGGACAUCAAGCAGAGUAUUGCAGUCAGUCCAAAUCUAUUGAAUCCUUAAUGACGGAGGCAGAUCAUUUGCGUCAGGAACUCAGUACCCACCAGCUCUCACAUGACAAAACACAGGCUGAAUGUGAAAGAAUGGUGGAGUUGUCUCAUGAGAAGAGCCGACAGAUCAAUGACCUGGAGCAAGAGGUCAGCCAGACCAGCGCAAACAUGUGCCAGCUGAAGGAACUCUGCAGUCAGCUUCAAUAUGAGCGUGAUGCACAGGCAAAGGAGUACCAGAGUCUCCUGAGCUGUUAUGAAGCUCAAAAGGUUGUUGUGGCCCAAAUAAAAAGCAACUCUGAGCUCCUGGAAGAGCUGAAUGUUCUGAAUCAUCAGCAGGGUAGGAUAGAAGAACAAGAGCAAGACUCCAGAGAUGAUUGUUGGAAAAAACUGCAGGACAAACUCAUUCAAACACUGAGCAAACUGAACCAGCACGAGGAAGUUCAGAACAUAGUGAGAACAAUUGUAGAGAAUGAGAUCUCUGAGGUAAGAGACAAGGCCAAGAGGAGAAUAACUGCGAUGGAGAAAGAUCUGGCUCAUAAAGACGCAGAACUAGAGACUAAAGCCCAAGAGUUUUCGAAUCACUUGCGUCAGGAACUCAGUGCCCGCCAGCUCUCACAUGACAAAACACAGGCUGAAUGUGAGAGGAUGGUGGAGUUGUCUCAUGAGAAGAGCCGACAGAUCAAUGACCUGGAGCAAGAGGUCAGCCAGACCAGAGCAAACAUGUGCCAGCUGAAGGAACUCUGCAGUCAGCUUCAAUAUGAGCGUGAUGCACAGGCAAAGGAGUACCAGAGUCUCCUGAGCUGUUAUGAAGCACAAAAGGUUGUUGUGGCCCAAAUAAAAAGCAACUCUGAGCUCCUGGAAGAGCUGAAUGUUCUGAAUCAUCAGCAGGGUAGGAUAGAAGAACAAGAGCAAGACUCCAGAGAUGAUUGUUGGAAAAAAUUGCAGGACAAACUCAUUCAAACGCUGAGAAAACUGAACCAGCACGAGGAGGUUCAGAACAUAGUGAGAACAAUUGUAGAGAAUGAGAUCUCUGAGGUAAGAGACAAGGCCAAGAGGAGAAUAACUGCGAUGGAGAAAGAUCUGGCUCAUAAAGAUGCAGAACUAGAGACUAAAGCCCAAGAGUUUUCGAAUCACUUGCGUCAGGAACUCAGUGCCCGCCAGCUCUCACAUGACAAAACACAGGCUGAAUGUGAGAGGAUGGUGGAGUUGUCUCAUGAGAAGAGCCGACAGAUCAAUGACCUGGAGCAAGAGGUCAGCCAGACCAGAGCAAACAUGUGCCAGCUGAAGGAACUCUGCAGUCAGCUUCAAUAUGAGCGUGAUGCACAGGCAAAGGAGUACCAGAGUCUCCUGAGCUGUUAUGAAGCUCAAAAGGUUGUUGUGGCCCAAAUAAAAAGCAACUCUGAGCUCCUGGAAGAGCUGAAUGUUCUGAAUCAUCAGCAGGGUAGGAUAGAAGAACAAGAGCAAGACUCCAGAGAUGAUUGUUGGAAAAAACUGCAGGAGAAACUCAUUCAAACGCUGAGAAAACUGAACCAGCACGAGGAGGUUCAGAACAUAGUGAGAACAAUUGUAGAGAAUGAGAUCUCUGAGGUAAGAGACAAGGCCAAGAGGAGAAUAACUGCGAUGGAGAAAGAUCUGGCUCAUAAAGAUGCAGAACUAGAGACUAAAGCCCAUGAGCUUUCGAAGUUGAGAAAACUUGUGAAUGAUGGACGUAAUAAAAUCAAGACCUUGAGUUACGAUUUGCAGCAGGUGGAGAGGGAGCGAUCUGAUGUCAGAGAUCAAUUAUGUGAGGCUAACAUGCAGAAAGAACAGUUAGAGAAACAGAUUUUUAUCUUAAGUGAAGAAAACAAAAUGUUUCAGCAGAGGCUAUGUGAAGCAAAUAAGCUGAGGGAUCAGGCUGGGCACAGUUUGAGCUGUACAGAGCAAUCUAUUGACCCACAGCAGACUGUGAAGCCUAACCAUGUCAUAGAAGAGGAAAACAUACAGCCUUUCCAAACAACCUGUCAAGAUCUUUUGGCAGAGCAGAAGCUGAUUAAGGAGAUGUGUGGUAACUUAAAUAACAAGUGCACACAGACAGAUGAGGAGAAAUUGCUGGAGGCCAAACUGAAUGAGACUGAAUCCAUAGCUGAAGGAGUCUGUUCUAAUUAUCCUGCACAACUGCAGGAGAUGUAUCAGAAACCAAGUUUUGGUGUCUCGGUUGAACCUCAGCAGGAAGAACAGAGAGCUUGCAGACCUGCAGAAAACACAAAGGACAUUUUAAAGCAGCAGCGGGCUGAGAAGCAGGAUACCAUUGUGAAAUUACAAAGGGAAAAAGAUGAUUUGUCUGUUUCUUGUAAAGCUGUUACCCAGAAAGUUGACCAUCCCAAACAGACAUCAAAGGUGAAGACAGAGAACGAAGGCAACUAUUUUACACCACUUAAACCUGAGCGAAUGAAUGUCAGGAAACCAGGAGAAGAAGAGUCUGUCACGAAAAAACUCAGAAGUACAGCCAGAAAGAGAAAGAGCCCAGAGUUGGAGAGCUCUGUGGAGUCGGAAAAUCGGAAAAACCGACGGCUGAAGGUGAACAACAGGAAAAACAUGCAGUCUAUUGAGACUCCCACGGUGCAAGGGAAAAAGGUGAGUCAAUUAAAGCAGAAAGGCUCAGCCAGCCUGAAAGGGAAAAAAGACGGAGCCCUGAAAAAGAUUGGUGACUUUAUCCAGAGCUCUCCAACCCUCUUUGGGAGCAAAGCCAAAAAGAUCAUAAGCAUGGUGAAUGUUAAAUCCCCUGAACCACUGAAUCCUUCUGAAAACAACAAACCCAAGAGAUCCAAACGAAAGCUCUUCAAGACUCAUGUUUCCUCCCCGCUGGACAUAACCUAUCAUCAUAUCAUUGGAAGCAGUGAUGAUAAUCAAGAGAGCGAUCAUCUCAUAAUCAAGAGAAAACUCAGAACAAGAACUGCAAAGAUAUAAUGCAAACAUUAAUUUGAUAAAAAAGUGUAAUUAAAGUUUUUUGUUCUUCUAAAUUGUCAUAUAUUUUGUUUGCUUGAUACCUAAAUGUUGUUGAACAGUUCAUAUUUGUUUCAUUAACACUGGAAAUGUUUGUAAAUAAUUUAGAA